AUGAAUACUAACUAGCCAUCUCAAAAUACAGAUUUCUAAUGCGAUUAUCCCUAUGACAAUUACGGAGGACAUCAAUUUAAAUUUGAUAACUAUAAUUAUCGUCCUGAUUCGCAGAAUUAUAAGUAGAUUACUCAUAAGUAAUCUAAGUAAUCAAAUGAAUAGCCAAAAAAGAAGGAAUAAAAUGAAAAUAAAAAAAUGUUAAUUAAAAGCAAUAAGGAUAAUUAAUAAAAGCAAUAUCUAGAAUAACAACCAAAAUAAGGUUAAAAGAUGGAGAAAUUGCCAACGGGUAAUAAGGUUGAAUAAUAGAAAACAGAAUAGAAGGUUUAAAAGAAAGAUGUAAAAUAAGAAAAUAUAGAAGUUCCGGAGGAACCUAAGUAAUUGGUUUUAGAUCCAAAACUUGGCUAUUGGACAUACACUCAAAAAGAGUAUGAAGAAUUUCAUAAACAAGUGAAAGAAUAUGAAAUUAAGAAAGCAGAAUAUGAUGAGCGCAUUAAGGGAUAAAGAAUGUUAGAGCAAAGAAAAAGAAUGGAGAAGUUUUCAACAUUAAUGGAAAAAAAGUAGAAAAGGAACAAUUUAUUGGGAAUGAAGAAAAUCAAUUAAUUAAUUAGGGAACUAAGAAUUUAAUACAAAUAAUAUGUGAGAAGAGAAAAAAAAAAAUAAUUUGGUUAUGUCUUAGAUGAAAAUAAUAAUGUCUAAAUUGUUUAGUAAGAGAUAAAAAAGAAAAAGUUAUCAAAGAUCCAAAAAGCCAAAUAACUGUGGGAUAAUCUUAAUGAUCCUGAUUAUGAGACAGUUGAUGAAGAUCAAAUCAAAGAUGAUGAUUAAUAGUUGAUAACUAUUCUAAAUUAGUUAUCCAACAUCAAUCCUUAUUCAAAAGAAAAAUAUAAUAAUAUGAAAAUUAGACCUUGGAUUACUCAAAUUCCUUGUAAAGAAUUAGAUGAUAUGGCUUUGCAAUUUAUUAAUGAACUCAGCUAUAUGUAAGCAAAAAAGAAAGUAAUUGAACCAAAAAAGAAUAAAAAGAGAAUUGUGGCAGGAAUAAAAGAGUGUUUAAGAAGUAUUUAAUAUACGUUACCUGAAAAAUCAGCAAAAUUAAUAAUUAUACCCAUUGGCAUUUAAGAGUGUCCUAUUAAAAAUGGGCCAGAUCAUCAAAUAUUGAAGGUUUUAAAAGAAUGCUUCAAUAAAAAUAUUCCGGUUAUCUUUGCAAGCACUCGAUCAAAACUUGGGAGGGCAUUUAGUGGAAAAUUUGGACCAAAAAUAAGUGUGAUUAGUGUGAUAAAUUACUAAAAUAUGGAGGAAUAAUUUACUAAACUUAUUUAAUUGAGUGAUGAUUAGAAAAAGUAAUUUAGAAUGUUGUAUGGAGAUGUGAAUCUGCUUUAAUAUAUUAAUUAAUUAUGA